AUGGUGCCCAAGUCGCUUGCUAGCUCGAUUGUGUGCUUCUCAUCCUCCUCCUCUUCCUCCUCCUCCUCCAUCAUCAUCCCCUCAUCUCCCUCGUCAGCCUUUAGACGCAGCCCACUGUGGAGCGCGCACUCCAGGGUCUCCCCAACAUCCGCAGUGCCGGUGCGGCAAUAUCGAGCCGUUUGGCCAUCCUACGGCAUCACCACGCCGGUUCCAGAUCUUAACCCACAUUUCCCCAUCUCGCAAUCUCCGUAUUGCUUCCAGACGGGCUAUGCCCUUUGCGCCAAACGCGCACCGCGGCCUCAGGAUAAGAGAUUAUCCGUUCGGGGUGAUCUAGUCCGGGGCUUGAACAAUGGGGACGAUGCCGUUCUAGUCGCCGACAAUUAUCUGGCUGUCAAUGAUGGGGUAGGAGCGUGGGCAACCAAGCCCCAGGGCCAUGCAGCCCUCUGGGCCAGACUACUCCUUCACUUCUGGGCGCUGGAGGUUGAGCGCGUUUCCAACACGAGUACGCAACUCGACCCCAUCGGCUACCUGCAACGGGCCUACGAGGAAACCAUCCAAGCGACCAGCUCCCCGGGCCAAUGGCUGGGCACGACCACUUCAGUCACCGCCCUAUUACAUUGCACGCGCGAUCAUGCAGGGAACACGAACCCGCUGCUGUAUGUGACCUGUCUCGGCGAUUGCAAGAUCUAUGUCAUCCGGCCCCGCGAGAAAACGAUCCUCUUCCGCACCCAGGAGCAAUGGCACUGGUUUGACUGUCCGAUGCAGCUGGGCACGAACAGCGUCGACACGCCGAAGAAGGACGCGGUGCUCAGCAAGAUCGACGUGCAGGAGGGCGACAUCGUGCUCGCGGUCUCGGAUGGCGUCGUGGACAAUCUCUGGGAGCAUGAGAUCCUGACGGUCGUUCUUGAGAGCCUUGACAAGUGGCACCAAGGGCGCUAUGACAACAAGGAAAUCGAGUGGGCGCCGCCGGAGGUGCUGGCCCACGAGCAGAUGGUCUUUGUCGCUAGGGAACUGCUCCGGGCUACGUUGGAGAUUGCGCAGGAUCCCUUCGCGGAGAGUCCAUAUAUGGAGAAGGCAAUUGACGAGGGUCUGGCCAUUCAAGGUGGGAAAAUGGACGAUAUCAGCGUCGUGGUUGGUGCGUGCAGGAGAAGAGAGCAUUGA